AGAAGCGGCGUCUCUUUGGGGGUGAGAGGCUUCAGGCUAUUAAAGACGAGGUAGAGAAGCUCCUACAGGCUGGUUUUGUCAGGAAAGUUGAUUAUUGUGAAUGGGUGGCUAACCUAGUUCUGGUGAAGAAGGCAAAUGGCAAAUGGUGAAUGUGCAUUGAUUACACAAAUCUUAACAAUGCCUGUCCUAAGGAUUGCUACCCAAUGCCGAGCAUUGACAAACUAGUUGAAGCAGCUUCAGGCAAUGAGAGGUUAAGCCUCUUGGACGCAUAUUCGGGGUAUCACCAGGUGCCAAUCGCUCCAGAAGACGAAGAGAAAACCGCGUUCUAUGCUGGCGAUGAAAUUUAUUGUUAUGUCAUGAUGCCAUUUGGCUUGAAGAAUGCAGGUGCUACUUAUCAGAAAAUGGUAACCAUUGUCUUCCACGCUCAUAUUUGCAAGAAUCUAGAGGUAUAUGUCGACGACAUUGUGGUAAAGAGCCUAAAAGCAGAAGACCAUCUCUCCGACCUCGACGAAACCUUUAACAACCUUAGAAAGAACAGGAUGCGGUUGAACCCAGCCAAAUGCAUCUUCGGAAUUCUGCAGAAACCAGAGUGCUCUGGAAGAUUAAUUAAGUGGGCAGUAGAACUGGGAGAGUUUGAGAUAACGUUUCAGCAAAGAUCGACCAUCCCAGCUCAAGCAUUAGCAGAUUUUAUUGUCGAAUGCACUCCGUGUCCUUCAACCUCUAAUCCAGAGUCCAACGAGUGGACCUUAUAUGUUGACGGAGCAUCUAGUAGUAAGGGUUCAGGGGCUGGCGCUUUCUUGAUUGGUCCAGAGGGAUACCGAAGCGAACAUGCCCUGAAGUUCAAUUUCGAUGCAACAAAUAACAUGGCUGAAUAUGAAGCUCUACUACUUGGUCUACAGUUGGCAUUGGAGUUGAAAAUCAGUACAAUUCAAAUAUACAGUGACUCCCAGUUGGUGGUAAACCAAAUUAACUCAAUCUGUGAAGUUGUUGAUCCUGUGAUGGUGAAGUACGUUACCUUGGUGGCCGAGCUGAAGUGCAAAUUCCAGAAAUUCUGUCUGAGUAAAAUUCCCCGAGCUGAGAAUGAACAGGCAGAUUUACUCUCCAAGUUCGCCUCUGAUGGCUCUUUAAGUUCCAGAUCCGUUUUUGUGGAGAACUGUCCAAAGUGCCAAUUCUUUGCACAACUGACUCACCAACCUGCAGAAAAACUCACGAACUUGGUAGCACCAUGGCUAUUUGCACAGUGGGGACUAGAUCUUUUGGGUCCAUUCGUGAAAGGGGUUGGUGGUGUAACCCAUCUGGUUGUCGGUGUGAAUUACUUCACAAAAUGGGUUGAAGCUUGGCCUUUAUCUAGUCUUACCUCCAAGAAGUUCACCUCCGUUUACCAUCCGGAGUCCAAUGGCAUGGUGGAAUCUGUUAACAAAUGCAUUUUGGAAGGUAUACAGUCGAGAUUGGAGCAGCAUAAGGCCAAGUGGGCAGACGAGCUCAACAACGUCCUCUGGGCAUACAGAACCACGAGCCAAACUGCUACAGGUGAAACACCCUACCAUCUGGCCUUUGGUACCGAAGCAGUUAUUCCUGUUGAAAUAGGAGUCCCAAGCUUCCGGGUCACCCAUUUCGAUGAAGGACGAAAUGGACAACUGCUUCGGGAAAACCUUGAUCUGCUUGCUGAAGUCAGAGAAGAAGCUCGGCUUCGAACUCUCGUAUACAAGCAGAAACUAGCCAACUUCUACAAUAAACGGGUCUGCCCUCGAACAUUCAAAGUAGGAGACCUUGUUCUCAGGAAAGCUGGCCUAACAGGGUUUGAAACUCGUUUUGACAAACUCGCCCCAAAUUGGGAAGGCCUUUAUGCCGUGGCCGAUGUGCCACAUCCUGGUGCCUAUGUCCUCCAAGACGCUGAAGGAAAGAGAGUUCCUAGAGUCUGGAAUGUCAAUAACUUAAAGAAAUUUUACCCUUACUAAAAUUCUUUCAAGUGAUCUAUGUCUUACUGUUCUUUACACUUCUCACUUCGUAUUUAUUGAGAUUCAUUUUACCUCUUAUUCUAUGUAUCCGAAGUCAAUCAGUACUUAAAUCUCACUUCUGAUUAAUAAAAGUCACUUCAUAUA